AUGGUUGCGGUAUUUUUGUAUGUAAUUGCACAUCACCAUAAGAAUAAAGUUGUAGGGUUUAUGUUCAAGCGAUCUGGAGAAACCAUUAGCAGAUAUGUAAACACGGUAUUGAAAGGAGUUAUUAGACUUCAAGGGGAGUUGCUUAAACAACCAGUUGCAGUGGCUACAAGUUUUAACUGCCUAGGGGCAUUAGAUGUAACACAUAUUAGUAUCCAUGUGGCAACCGAAGACAAGCCUAGGUAUCGUACAAGGAAGAGCUCGAUUGAAACUAAUGUAUUAUGUGUAUGCUCCCAUAACUUGGAGGUUAUAUAUGUGUAUCCUGGCUGGGAAGGUUCAGCUGCCGAUUCUCGUGUUCUUAGAGAAGCAAUAUACAAAAAGAAUGGCUUAGAAGUUCCACAAGGUUACUAUUACCUUGUCGAUGCCGAUUAUCCGAAUAGUGGAGGAUUUCUUGCGCCUUUUAGAGGUCAACGUUAUCAUUUAAAGGAAUGGGGGCAAGGUCGUUUAGAACCAAGGACAGCUGAAGAACUAUUCAAUAUGAAAUAUUGUAGGGCUAGGAAUGUGAUUGAACGCGUUUUUGGAUUGUUGAAAAUGAGAUGGGCAAUACUUCGGAGUCCUUCAUGGUAUCCAGUAAACAUACAUUGUUGUUUUAUCAUGGCUUGUUGUUUAAUCCAUAACCUUAUUAGGAGAGAAAUGCCUAUGGAUGAAUUUCUAGAGGAAAACAAUUAUGAAGAUGGACCAGUUAAUUUAGUUUCUCCUCAAGAAAGUCGAAUGAUAGAAUUUGUUGAUUCCUCAGAUUAUUGGGCUGUUCAGAGGAAAGAGUUAGCUGAUCAAAUGUGGGAAAGAUGGACUGCACGUAGACGUAGACGCGUAGUUAGUUAA